GGAGCAGCGGCCGCCGGCAGCUCCGCUCCGGAGGUUCCGGGUUGAGAGGCUGCGCUGGACCCGAGCGGUGGCCACCGAGCCGGCAGGGUACCCAUCACCUCCGGCUGCCCACUGCCUCGAAACCGCCCUCCCGGGCUCGCACCCUGCGUAGUCUCUGCCUUGCACCCGGAGCUCGCCUUAUCCCUCUCCCGGACAGCAGCCCCUUCCUUCCUCGGUAGUUGCUGCCCGUGGCUCUGCGCCCCUCUCCGGGUACUGCCCCCGACAGCGCCGCGCGCUCCGCCAUCCCCCGCCCCUCGGGGCCCCCUCCCCGGCGCCAUGGCGUGCAGCCUCAAGGACGAGCUGCUGUGCUCCAUCUGCCUGAGCAUCUACCAGGACCCGGUGAGUCUGGGCUGCGAGCACUACUUUUGCCGCCGCUGCAUCACCGAGCACUGGGUGCGGCAGGAGGCUCAGGGGGCCCGCGACUGCCCGGAGUGCCGGCGCACGUUCGCCGAGCCCGCGCUGGCGCCCAGCCUCAAGCUGGCCAACAUCGUGGAGCGCUACAGCGCCUUCCCGCUGGACGCCAUCCUCAAUGCGCGCCGUGCUGCGAGACCCUGCCAGGCACACGACAAGGUCAAGCUCUUCUGCCUCACAGACCGAGCGCUGCUCUGCUUCUUCUGCGACGAGCCUGCGCUGCACGAGCAGCACCAGGUCACCGGCAUAGACGAUGCCUUCGAGGAGUUGCAGAGGGAACUGAAGGAGCAGCUCCAGGCCCUUCAGGACAGCGAACGUGAACACACCGAGGCACUGCAGCUGCUCAAGCGACAGCUGGCGGAGACUAAGUCUUCCACCAAGAGCCUGCGGACUACCAUUGGUGAGGUCUUUGAGCGGCUGCACCGGCUGCUACGGGAGCGGCAGAAAGCUAUGCUAGAGGAACUGGAGGCAGACACGGCACGCACACUGACUGACAUCGAGCAGAAGGUCCAGCGCUACAGCCAGCAGCUGCGCAAGGUCCAGGAGGGUGCCCAAAUUCUGCAGGAGCGGCUGGCUGAGACCGACCGGCACACCUUCCUAGCUGGGGUGGCCUCCCUGUCUGAGCGGCUCAAGGGGAAAAUCCAUGAGACCAACCUGACGUAUGAAGACUUCCCGACCUCCAAGUACACAGGCCCUCUGCAGUACACCAUCUGGAAGUCCCUGUUCCAGGACAUCCACCCAGUUCCAGCUGCGCUGACCCUGGACCCAGGCACUGCCCACCAGCGCCUGAUCCUGUCCGAUGACUGCACCAUCGUGGCCUAUGGGAACCUGCACCCACAGCCGCUGCAGGACUCACCGAAGCGCUUCGACGUGGAAGUGUCGGUGCUGGGCUCCGAGGCCUUCAGUAGUGGCGUCCAUUACUGGGAGGUGGUGGUGGCAGAGAAGACCCAGUGGGUAAUCGGGCUGGCGCAUGAGGCUGCAAGCCGCAAGGGCAGCAUCCAGAUCCAGCCCAGCCGGGGCUUCUACUGCAUUGUCAUGCACGAUGGGAACCAGUACAGUGCCUGCACAGAACCCUGGACACGGCUCAACGUCCGUGACAAGCUGGAUAAGGUGGGUGUCUUCCUGGACUAUGACCAGGGCUUGCUUAUCUUCUACAAUGCUGAUGACAUGUCCUGGCUCUACACCUUCCGUGAGAAAUUCCCAGGCAAGCUCUGCUCCUACUUCAGCCCCGGCCAGAGCCAUGCCAAUGGCAAGAAUGUCCAGCCGCUGCGGAUCAACACAGUCCGCAUCUAGUCUGGGCCAAGGGUGCACAGCCUCCUGGGCCACUACCACCACCAGCAGAAGCCCGGCUCAGCAGAGGGAGGCCUGGACUCAGCCCACAUCCACCACUGUGAGACCUCAGGCCAUUGUUUACCCCUCAGCUCCUUUGCCCUGUCUGUGACAUGGAGAUUGUGCUCCGUCGUUCUUAAGCUCCGUCCCAGCAAUCAUGCUCUGUAGCUCUGACUUUGAUGAGGACAUGACAUGGGUUCUCCUCAGGGCAACUCCUGCCCAACCUCAUCCCAUCCUCUUAAGGGCAGGGGACUACCUCCUUCUGUCUGUCCCUCUCCUGCCCAGCUGCUCUGGUCUCGGGAUAUGUCAGAUGUGGCCAGUAGUUGACACCCUGAAAAAAUCCUGUGUCCAUGAUUUACCUUUGCAGUUGACUGAGCUAGUGAUGGGCCAUUUUACCCUUGACCCCACCAAACCCACAGUGGAUAGGCAAUAGCUGUUCCCAGAGUUAUCUGAGACCUACCCUGUCCUGCUACCCCUGUACCAAGAACUCUUUUCCCACUGAUCAGCAAGUCAGAGGGGAUGCUGUGUCAUGUGGAAGGCACCCUGUAGCUGAGUCCAUGGUUACUGUGUCACCAUGUCACCCCUUUCCUACCCACAACCUAAGGGCACCCUGAGGACUAAUGUACAGUCCAUCAGUUAAAGGCAUCUGCAGGACAAGCAUCACUUAACGAUCAAGGUUCCCAGAAGCCUUGGACAGCGUCUAGCCAGCCCUGUUCAGUCAGGCCUCUGUGACCUGCCAUGCUGAAGAGAAGCUGCUGGGUGCAGUUCUUUUGCUCAGGACUUGCACUCCGGAAGGAGCCCUUCGCCAGGUCCUGCCUUCAGACUUGACAUCUAUCUCACUUAGGAUCCUGCUGCAGAAAAAAGAGCCACUUUAGCUGGCUUAAUUAGACAAGGAUUUAUUACCCACUCCCCGGUGACUUUCAAAAUUGUUGGAAAGGCUAGAGGAGCAGCGUCUUCACUGAAUUUCCGGGAACAACUCCCAACUGCCAGAUUCAUCAUGUCUACUGUGACCGAGAAGGUUGCUCUCAUCGGUAAGAAGCGGCUGCAGUGCAGCCACUGCCUGCAGAGCCAUGCUCCCUCUGGCACCAUCCAUGCCAGCGAGUGGAUGUCCUGAGACCUGCCUCUCUCUCUCACUUAACUCAGGUCCCCAAAUCCCAUACCUCUAGAAGGGACUCUGUGAAAUGAGACAGAUUCUAAACACUGGCUACAAGGGAGUCUGGGAAAUGUAGUUUUCUUUUUUCCAGCCUCGGCCAUACACAAAGGCUUGCUAGAGCGUUAGCAUGGAUGGUGAGCAAGCACAUCUGCAUUUUUUGCUACAGCAUCCAACUGUGCUGUGUUCUGUGAUGUCCUGGUGAUUGUAUUCCUGCCCAGAGGUAAUAGCCCAAGGUGUGAGCCUACCAGCCUGAGCUAAAAUGUCUCCACAGUCUUGGCCUUUCUUUCCAGUGCUGGGGCCUUGGUUCUGUACUUGAGGUCUCUGAGCACAGCCAUCCCAAAGGAGCCAGCACAGCUGAACUAGAAGGGCUCCCUCCUCACAACUGCCACACACACAUACACAGGCAAGAGGAAUCCUCAUCCCUACCCACUCCCACAAGUCCCAGAAUCUGGGACAGUAUUUUUAUUUAAAAACAUUUCCCAUUUUGUGAGUUAUGA